CCCUCUACAUGUAUCAUUGACACUUGUUGGUUUCAAAAUAGUCAACAACACCCAACAAUGGAAAAUAAAGAAUUUAUACAGAAAACUAUAUUGCACACUGGCACCAAAUUCGUGAACUUCACACCUGGAACAAAAGUUCGUUUUCACUAUAGAACGACUAGAUGCGACGACGCAAGAACUAUAAUUGAUGAUAGCAGAACCACGGGAGAACCAAUGGAGUUGGUGUUAGGCAAAAAAUUUAAACUGGAAGUCUGGGAAGUGAUUUUACAAAAAAUGGCUUUGAACGAAGUUGCACGCUUUCGAAUUGACAAAAGCCUGGUCACCCCAUACCCAUUUGUGGCAAAAACGUUACGUGAAGUUGGAAAGCCACGUUCAGAAAAGCGUAAUCAUCAUUGCUGUGGGGUAACGCUGCAGAAUGAAGGCAUCGGAUAUGAUGACUUGAAUUAUCUAAUAAAAAAUCCACAGGAUUUGGAAUUUACCAUUGAAUUAUUGGAGGUCGUAUCUCCCGCUGAUUAUGAAAAAGAAACUUGGCAAAUGACAGAGGAUGAGAAACUGAAGAACAUACCAAGCCUGCGAGAGAAGGGUAACAUUCUAUUCAAAGAGAAAAAAUAUAAGGCUGCAUCAGAUACGUAUGCAACAGCCAUUGGAAUGUUGGAACAGUUAAUGCUAAAGGAAAAACCAAAUGAUGAGGAAUGGUUAGAUCUACAGAAAAUGAAAGUUCCGCUUCUCCUAAAUUUCGCACAGUGUAAAUUAUUGAAUAACGAAUAUUAUGCUGUGAUUGAACAUUGUACUACGGUGCUUAAAAGUGAACCAGAUAACGUGAAAGCACUUUAUCGGCGAGGUAAAGCGCAUAUAGGCGCAUGGAAUGAAAAAGAAGCCAAAGAAGAUCUGGAACGCGUAGCUGAAUUAGAUCCAAGUUUACGUACGGUCGUAGAUAAGGAAUUAAAUAAUUUUCAGGUAGCGAUUAGAGAAAAAGAGAAAUCGGAAAAAAACAAACUUUCACAAAUAUUCGCCCAAUGAUUUAUGUAAUACGUAUCAGGUCUAUAUCCAAUAAUUUCCAUUCAGUACAAAUGUGAAGGAGUUUGAUUACCAUGGAAAUCAUGAAAAUCUCUGUUGAUUUGAAUCCAUAGUAAGUAUGUUGUAAAUAAUAUUUAACUGUCAUUACUAAUACCGAGUACAUUGUUCACCAUUUCUACAUGAUGAUGAUGAUGAUGAUGAUGACGAUGAUGCACUAAAGAAAUAAAAUAAAAUAGAUGCUACUCAUGAA